AUGUCUACCGAAGCUGCUGGUUUGCAAACAGCGCAGUUUAAUGAGGGCACUCCUGUUGAUCUCCAUUCAACAGUGAGCAACAACUCACAGCUCUCUACUCCAUCCAACAAGGCCUCGAGAGAUGAAUUGAAAGACGUCCGUUUCCCUGAAAAGGUCGUCGAUGAGAUGAAUGAUAUCCCAAAGAAACCUGCCUCCGCUUAUGUCACCGUUUGUAUUCUAUGUUUGUGUGUCGCUUUCGGUGGUUUUGUUUUCGGUUGGGAUACUGGUACCAUUUCUGGUUUCGUCAACCAAACUGAUUUCAAGAGAAGGUUUGGUGAAUGGUCUAACACUGACCAGGAUUACUAUUUAUCAAACGUGAGAACUGGUUUAAUCGUUUCUAUUUUCAACAUCGGUUGUGCUUUUGGUGGUAUUACCUUAUCCAAAAUUGGUGAUGUUUAUGGUCGUAAGAUGGGUCUAACCGUUGUGGUUUUGGUUUACGUUGUUGGUAUUAUUAUCCAAAUUGCAUCCAUUAACAAGUGGUACCAAUAUUUUAUCGGUAGAAUUAUCUCCGGUUUGGGUGUUGGUGGUAUUGCUGUCUUGUCGCCAAUGUUGAUUUCUGAGACCGCCCCUAAGCAUUUAAGAGGUACUCUUGUUGCCUGUUACCAAUUGAUGAUUACAGCUGGUAUCUUUUUGGGUUACUGUACUAACUACGGUACCAAGAACUACUCUAACUCUGUUCAAUGGAGAGUUCCAUUGGGUCUAUGUUUUGCGUGGGCUAUUUUCAUGAUCGUCGGUAUGUCGUUUGUGCCAGAAUCCCCACGUUACUUGGUUGAAAACGGUAAGAUUGAAGAAGCAAGACGCUCUGUUGCUAGAUCCAACAAAGUCAGCAUUGAAGACCCUGCGGUUCAAGCUGAAAUUGAUUUGAUUGCUGCUGGUGUUGAAGCUGAAAAGCUAGCUGGAUCUGCUUCUUGGGGUGAAUUGUUCUCUACCAAGACUAAGGUCUUGCAACGUUUAAUUAUGGGUAUCAUGCUUCAAUCUUUGCAACAACUUACUGGUGAUAACUAUUUCUUCUACUAUGGUACCACCAUUUUCAAGUCUGUUGGUUUGUCUGAUUCGUUCCAAACAUCUAUUGUCAUUGGUAUUGUGAACUUUGCAUCUACUUUUGUUGGUAUUUACACUGUUGAAAGAUUCGGUCGUCGUAGAUGUCUACUAUGGGGUGCUGCGUCCAUGACUGCUUGUAUGGUAAUUUAUGCAUCUGUUGGUGUCACCAGAUUAUGGCCAGACUCAAGCAACCAUGAUAUUUCCUCCAAGGGUGCUGGUAACUGUAUGAUUGUCUUCACAUGUUUCUACAUUUUCUGUUUUGCCACCACCUGGGCUCCAAUCGCAUAUGUGAUUGUUUCUGAAUCUUUCCCAUUGAGAGUGAAGUCCAAGUGUAUGGCCAUUGCUACCGGUUCCAACUGGGUCUGGGGUUUCUUGAUUGGUUUCUUCACCCCAUUCAUUACCUCCGCAAUCAACUUCUACUACGGUUACGUCUUUAUGGGAUGUUUGGUAUUCAUGUUCUUCUACGUGUUCUUCUUCGUUCCUGAGACAAAGGGUUUGACUUUGGAAGAAGUGCAAGAGAUGUGGGAAGAGGGUGUGUUGCCAUGGAAAUCAGACUCCUGGGUGCCACCAUCCAGAAGAGGUGCCGACUACAAUGCUGAGGCUCUACAGCACGACGAUAAACCAUGGUACAAGAGAAUGCUAUAA